CAACAAGGUAGAUAUCACACCAGCAACUACCAGAAAAAAAACCUUAAGACACCUCCACAUUCUACAGGUGAUACCGGAAACUUAACCAAUGGCUAGCUCCGCUUUUCUCAAGUUCGUUUGUCUAGCUUUUAUGUGCAUGGUGGUAGUAGCACCACAUGCAGAGGCAGCCAUGAGCUGUGGUACAGUGACCAAAAAUAUUGCACAAUGUAUUACCUACUUAAAGGGUGGCGACAGCCCGUCGAAGGGUUGCUGCGACGGGGUUACGACCCUCAAGAACUUGGCUUCCACUCCAGCAGACAAGAAAACUGCUUGCGCUUGUCUGAAAUCAGCAGCUGCCUCCAUCAAGGGUCUUGAUGAAAAGAAGGCAGCAGGUCUUCCUGAUAAAUGUGGUGUCAGCAUUUCCUAUUCCAUUAGUCCCAACACUGACUGCUCUAAGGUAAACUAGAAAUAUAACUUUUCCAGCGAAACAGAACACCAGAAGUACCCACCUAUUGGCUAGAAUCUCGAAGAAUAAAGAUCUUGGUGGAGUCUUACUUCCACAAGUCAAUUAAUCUUUCUAUCUAAUACAUAUUUGUACUUAACAUUCUACUUAAAAUUAUCAUUGUUAUCUAUGUAAGCUAUUUGCUUCUUAUAAAUGAGACUAUUGUGCUUCUUAAACAAGAUAAAUCAGUACUUAAAUCCAA